AUGGCGAUGAAUCCAAUUAUUGAAGAUGCCAUUGGCAAAGUUAUUUCCAGAUAUGCCCUAGUCUCCUUAAGAGCAGAUUUAACGAGCUUUACAGAGAAUGAAAAAAUUGCAAUUUCUCGAUUGGUUGCUGCUGGAAAAUUGAUCGAUAGGAUCUACCUUCGUCAAAAAUGGAAGGGUAACGAGGCUCUACUCGACCAACUCCAAAACGCCAAGGACAAAAGAUCACUAUUAGUAUUUGAUUUAUUGAAAGGUCCAUGGGAUCGUGUUGACGGUUUGGUCAUAUCCGAUCCUCCAAACCUGCCAGUUCACAAACCCGAGGGAGGAAAUUUUUAUCCUGAAGAUAUGACAAAAGAAGAAUUCGAAUCAUGGGUUAGAACCCUUGAGCCAGAACAACAAGCUAAAGCCAAAGGAUUUUAUCAUGUCGUUAAGCGAAAAGAGCCGCGAGGCGAACUGUAUUUGAGUCCUUAUUCCGACGAAUAUAAAGAUUUAUUAAGCGAAAUAGCAGGAUUGUUAAAAGAAAGUUCAAAAUUAGUCGAAGAUGAAUCUUUGAGCAAAUUUUUAAGAACAAGGGCUGAAGCAUUUUUGAAUAACGAAUAUUUGGAAAGUGAAGUUGAUUGGCUGAACAUCAGCAAAGAAAGCCGUCUUGAAGAUUUGACCUUAUAUGAGUUAUUUCAAGUUACUGUGGGACCUUAUGAAGUAUAUACGGAUGAACUAUUCUCCGCAAAAAGUGCUUUUGAAUUUUACAUCCAUGCACGAGACUUUGAAUUUUCUAAAGUCUUGGAGAAGUUUUCUAAUAGUUUACAAGAAGUAGAAAAUAAUCUACCUGUACCACCUAAAUAUAAAAACAGUGAUUUAAAAACCACUCCAAUUGUUGUGGUAAACGAAUUGUACGCUGCUGGCGAUGUUGCAGUUGGACCUAAUCCGGUUACAGUCAGAUCGCGUUUACAAGAAUAUCAUUCUGCGAUCGAAGAAGCCAAAGCUGAUAUAACUGGUUUAUUCGCUGCUGCUCAUUUACUCAAAAUUGGACUUUUAACCGAACCAUCAAUUCAACAAUUUUAUGUAACAUAUCUUGCUUCGGCGUUUAGAUCUGUUCGAUUCGGCACAAAAGAGGAAUUUGUAGAUACGUAUGGUGAAGUGAGAAAAGAAGUUAAAGAAGCACUGAAUAAAUUAGAACUUGAAGGAAUACCCAUUGAUAUUAGACCUUCUUACGAGAUCAUAAAGGAUGCACAUUUGUCGUCGAUAUAUUAG